AUGAAGGGUCUCGCGCAGAUCGUCGGGCUGUAUGCCUCUUUGGCCGCCGGGAGAAAAUACUGCACCCGAACUUUUCAUUCUUCUAUCAUUAAUAACCAGACUUUGUUCAUUGACGGUGGGGAGGUGCGCUAUCUGGAGGAUAAUAAUACCAUUUCGGCAUAUGCCAUCCGCGACCUGCAGACUGUCGACGUCUCCAAGUCAUUUUCGAAUACCGAUUCAGAUCUAUUCACUCAUAUCGACAAACCAUAUAAUGCAUCCAAUCCGGACGAAUAUCCGACUUUCCUUGAUGAGGGCUCCGCGUUCAACGACGGCGAGAACCUCUACUUCUACGGCGGGUAUAAGAGCGGUCGCGACGGCCCGACAACCGUCCCGCCCGUGGAGACGUGGAAAUACGACAUCCAAAACAAUAACUGGACGAAAGAUGGAUUCGGGGGCGUGCCGCUGGUUCGGCUGGUAGAGGGAGGGGCAGUUGUUUCGCAGUCCCAGAAUAAAGCGUACUAUCUUGGGGGUGUGGAAGACCCGGGCGGGAACCCGAACAUCUAUGGUACUGCGGGAGCGGACGUGGAGAUUGUCAGUGGAUUGUUGGUCCUGGACCAAUCGACAUUGCAGUGGUCUAAUUUAUCGACAUCGGAGAUGAAUAAUUAUGGCACGAUUGGAGCAGGGUAUGUGAAUAUCCUGGAGGAUGUUGGGGAUGAGGGGCUUUUGGUGGCCUUUGGUGGGUAUAAGUAUCCUGUCGGGCAUAAGCUGUCGCUGCUUUGUUCGAGCCAGACGAAUACGACCUUCCAUAACCCCAUGGAAUACGUCAGCCUGUAUGAUAUUGCGAACCAGAAAUGGUACACGCAGCAGACUACCGGGGAUAUUCCGAACUGGCGGAUGGCGGGCUGCAGCGUAACAGUGGCAGCGCAAGAUCGGUCAUCGUUCUCCAUCUACAUGUUUGGUGGGAUGGCCGCGACCACUGCGAAUUCCGACGGCGAUGUAUAUGUUCUUUCACUGCCGUCCUUCAGAUGGAUCCGCGUGAACGAGGGCAGCAGUAUCCGCGAAAAGCACACAUGCAAUGUCCUCGGGAAGCAUACCAUGCUUGUAGUCGGAGGAACGAUCCCAACAGACAGUUCGGAGUAUGAGCCGAAGCCGGUGAACUGCGACACGGGCACCUUUGAGAACGGACUGGCCAUCUUUGAUCUGAACCAGCAUACCUGGCUCACUGAUUAUAAUGCCGAUGAUCAAUCAGACUAUGCCCUGAGCUCAGCAAUUACCGAUGUCAUUGGUGGAAGCUCGACAGGCGGAGCCAAUGUCACCGAACCAAAGAAUGGGUUCAACGACACGACGUUGGCGACCAUGUUCCAAAAAGCAGUCAUCACCGCUACCACCAAUUCCACAGCAGGCGGUAACUCGUCAUCGACAUCAGCAAAUGGCAGUAGUAGCAGUACAGGCAGCUCCAAGGGCAGUUCCCUAUCUAAAGGGGGCAUUGCGGGAGCCACCGUCGGGGCGGUGGUGGGUGCCAGUGCCAUUGCGGGGCUCGCCUUUUGCUUAAUCAAGCGCCGACGCGCCCAGUCCAGCCAAGAGACUACUACGACUACUGAUACCCCUGCCAUGGCGCAUCCACCCGUCUAUGGAUCGCCUCAGACAAGGCUGGCGGAACUUAGUAGUGACGGGGUCACACAUGAAUUGGGGACGGAUGGAGGGAGUGGCACGCAGGAUGCGGCUUCUGGGAAUUGGUGGCAAAAGACUCCGAAUAUACCAGAGAUGGAUGGGGUUGCGAGGGUUGAGAAGGGGUGA